UUGAACUUCAACGACGUUGUCAAACUACAAUCAAACAACGACAUCCGUGUCAAUCAUACUGGUCAUGUGCGCUACUAUAUCCCGUUUUCAUCAGAGAGCCUCUGCAAACUCGACGUAAAGUUUUUCCCCUUUGAUACAGACGCCAAGUUUCGUUUGGGUAUCAUGACGCUGAUGAGUAUGUCUGUAAUUCUGCUCGCCAUCGUUGAAGAUAUGCCAAAAUUCAGUAUGUCGGCGAACAGAAGGGGUCGUGGAUCCUUCUCUGGGAUCCCAUUAAUAGGUCUAUACUACUUCAUUCUCCUGGCUAUUAUUGGUCUUUCAACCGUAACCACAUCGAUGUUCGUGUUUUUGGAGCGGGAUGUUCGAGUGAAACACGACAUUCCGUGGUAUCUGCAGUGGUUAUCUUUCGACGUUCAGCGAAGGCGACUCGUAAGGAGCUUCAGCCAGUAUCGCAGACAUCUGCAAGAUCCACAAGCAGAGGUAUGUCGCUCUGGUUAUUCCGUACUUCCUGGUGUUUCCAUACUUCAAAAAAGUCGACAAGGCGAAGAGCACAGCUAG